AUGGAGAAGAAUCAGGCUGCAGCCAUCCAUACUCAACCAUCACCUCAAGGAGAGUUGGACAUAGAAAAAGGAGUUAUCUGGGAGGAAGCCAAUUACUUUGGGAAUUCAUCUAGGCAAGUUCAUGAUCCAUACUCAAAAACCUAUAACCCUGGUUGGAGGAACCACCCAAACUUUGGGUGGGAAAACCAACAAAACCAAGGCCAAAACCACAAACCUCAUAAUUCCAACCAGUACACCUACCAACAAUCCAAUCCAAGAUCAUAUCAACAUCCAUAUAAUAAUUCUUCCCAGCCACCAUACCAAACCCAAAAUAACCACUCUCAACAACCUAAUUCCAACCAACCAUCGCCACAUGAUGAUGAUAGAAUGUCCAAAAUUAAAGCUAUGUUUGCCAAUCUUUGCAAGGAGUCUCAAGAAAUGAAAAAUUUCAAGGAGGAGGUGAGAGCUAAAAAGAACCCAAGAGGAGAGACCAAGAAGAUAAAGUGGGAAGAAUGCAAGGUAAUCAAUUUAAGCAGUGAAGAGGUCCUAGAGGAAGAUACCAGCAAGCCAACGGAGCAUAGCCGAGGCAUUUCCCAGGGAAAUUUGGAGGAAAAAGAACAAAGAAAUGGACAUGUACAAGGGAACGAACCAAAAAGGAGGGAAAUUCUGAAACCUUACGUGCCAAAGGCACCAAUUCCCCAGAGACUCAGGGGAGGUGAGAAAGAGAAGUCAUACUCAAGAUUCUUAGAUAUGUUUGCAUCCCUCAAUGUCAAUAUACCCUUCAUCAAAACUCUCCAACAGAUGCCUACUUACAUCAAGUGCAUGAAUGAGUUGCUGACCAAGAAAGGAACCUUGAAAGUGGGACAAACAAUGAUAAUGAAUAAGGAAUGUAGUGCCCUCAUCAAGAAGGAUUUACCUCUGAAGAAAAAAGAUUUGGGGAGCUUUCAUAUCCCCUGUGCCAUAGGAGAUACAAGGAUUGAUAGAGGAUUCUGUGAUCUAGGAGCCAGCAUAAAUGUGAUGCCUCUACCUCUUAUGAAGAGGCUGCAAAUCAAUGAACUGAAAUCCACAGAUGUAGUCAUCCAAUUGGCCGAUAAGACUCAGAAACAAGCUGAAGGAGUAGUCGAGAAUGUAUUGGUCAAAGUAGGAAAUUACUUUCUUUCCACUGACUUUGUUGUUCUGGACAUGGAAGAAAGUCACCUCCAUCCAAUCAUCCUGGGGAGACCAUUUUUAGCCACUGCUAGAGCGCUCAUCGAUGUGCAACAAGGAGAGUUAAUACUGAGAAUAUAUGAUGAACAUCUCAUCUUCCAUGUUUUCAAACCCACACCUAAAUCUGAGCCAGAACCUAAAGAGCUGAAGGAUGAUCACAGCAAAGUGUGCCUAGAGGAAAGCAACAGUGAACCAGAAACAGGACCCCUGAAACAAUCCUUGGUGAACAAGCAAGAAUUUCAAGGGAUACAGCAACCAAGGGAGUCCAAGGAAGAGUUGAAGCCACAAGAAUCAGGAAGAGCAGUUAACAAGGACUUCCCAAACACAAGAGUCAAUGGAGCACUAAUGGAAAAAGAGAAAAGAGUUUUGAAGAAAUUGCCAAGGGGAUGGAGAAAUAAGAAGAUUCCUACAUAA